CGCGGCGGGCCCGGCGCUCCCGCCGCCGGGACGGGCCCCUCGGCUGCUGCCGCCCCGCUCCCCGCGGCCCCGCCGCCUUCCCCAAGCGGCGGCCCCGCGCCCGGCUGCCCUCCGGGGGACCGAGGGGCGCGGGAGCGGCCCGGGCAGCAGAGGGAGGGGAGGCCCGGGGGCGGGGAGCGCGCCCCAGGCCCGGCCCUCCGCUCCCGCCGAGACUUGCGGCUCGUUGUGAGGGAUUUUCCUCGCCUGACGGCUUCGGAGGGCGAGCCCCUUCCCGAAGGGGCGUCCCACGCCUCCUCGUCGCCGUUGGCCUCGCAGCUGCUGCGUUUCCCGACCCGCAGGUCCCGAACUCGGCUUCAGGCUCCCCUCGGACCAGGCCCCGGAGCUGCAGCUCGUCCCGGCCUUGCCGGGUGGUGGGAAAACCUCCGGCAGGAAGGGCCGAAGUGUCUCCCCGGGGCUGAACGCAGAAUGAAGCUGGUAACAAGUAGAGCACAUUCAUGACCACCUGAUCGCACAAGCCGCACAGCUUGAAUGGUGCAUCUUGUCCUGUAAACGGUUUCUUGCCUUCCUUGUCUGUACCUCCGAAUGGCUCAGUGUGGGUCUCAUUAAUUUAAACCAUUCGUGGGUUUCAACUCAUGCAGUAUCCACUGUGAUCUUUGUUGGCUUCGUUUUUUUUCCCGGCUUGAGCUUUUAAGCUCUGUAUAUUUAUAAAAAUAUGCAGCAGCAUAAUCACCAUCUAAAAUAAUUCCCAACUUCAACGAUUAUUAGUGGAGCAAAGUCAGGUGCCUGGAGCACAAACCCCACAUCGCUGACACUUGAGCAGUUGUGUGCCCUGGGGAGAGAUGAUGCCCUAUCCCAGACAUUUAUUAAAGUUGCCUCCUCCUUGGCACAACGUGGCAGAUCCUCUUUGAAGUAACUCAGGAAAUGGGGUGACGCAGCAGCAUUUCCAUUCACACCAGACACGUCCGCCUCCAUGAACCAGCGGGCAUAUCUGGGCACCAGCUACCUGGACAUCGCCAAGGGCGCCGUGGAGAUCUUCAUGAAGCUGCGGGCCCGGGACCCGGCCAGCCGCGGCGACAGGUACAUGCUGGUUACCUUCGAUGAGCCGCCCUACUGCAUCAAGGCUGGAUGGAAGGAAAACCAUGCAACAUUUAUGAAUGAGCUGAAAAACCUUCAGGCUUCAGGACUAACAACCCUUGGUCAGGCACUCAGGUCAUCGUUUGACUUGUUAAAUCUCAAUAGAUUAGUGUCUGGAAUAGACAACUAUGGACAGGGAAGGAAUCCAUUCUUUUUGGAGCCAUCUAUUUUGAUUACCAUCACAGAUGGAAACAAACUGACAAAUACAGCUGGAGUUCAAGAGGAGCUUCAUCUUCCUUUGAAUUCUCCUUUGCCUGGAAGUGAAUUAACCAAAGAACCAUUUCGUUGGGAUCAAAGGCUGUUUGCUCUAGUGCUGCGUUUGCCAGGAGCUGCAUCUGCUGAACCAGAGCAGCUUGGGAGUGUGCCUACUGAUGAAUCUGCUAUCACACAGAUGUGUGAAGUUACAGGAGGUCGUUCCUACUGCGUUCGGACACAACGAAUGUUGAAUCAAUGUUUAGAAUCUCUAGUUCAAAAAGUCCAAAGUGGUGUUGUUAUUAACUUUGAAAAGUCAGGACCAGAUCCAGCUCCUAUUGGGGAAGAUGGACUUGUUGAUUCAUCCAGGCCCAUCAAUUCAUUUGCUUCUCAACCGUGGCAUAGUUGUCAUAAGCUCAUUUAUGUACGGCCUAACCCUAAAACUGGUGUUCCUGUUGGGCAUUGGCCAAUCCCAGAGUCUUUUUGGCCUGAUCAGAACUCACCAACACUGCCUCCACGCACAGCUCACCCUGUUGUGAGGUUCUCCUGUGUAGAUUGUGAGCCAAUGGUAAUAGACAAGCUUCCUUUUGACAAGUAUGAGCUGGAGCCUUCACCCUUAACACAGUACAUCUUGGAACGAAAGUCUCCCCAUACCUGCUGGCAGGUAUUUGUGAGUAGCAGUGGAAAAUACAGUGAGCUUGGCCAUCCAUUUGGGUAUUUAAAAGCAAGCACUACUUUAACCUGUGUAAACCUCUUUGUGAUGCCUUACAACUAUCCUGUUUUACUUCCCUUGUUAGAUGACUUGUUUAAGGUUCACAAACUUAAGCCAAAUCUGAAGUGGCGACAGGCUUUUGACAACUACUUAAAAACAAUGCCUCCUUACUACUUACUGCCAUUAAAGAAAGCCCUAAGGAUGAUGGGAGCUCCAAAUCUGAUAUCAGAUAAUUUAGAUUGUGGACUUAGUUACAGUGUUAUCUCUUACCUUAAAAAACUCAGCCAACAGACAAAAAUAGAGUCGGAACGGAUAAUAGGUUCAGUGGGUAAGAAAGUUCCACAAGAAAUUGGAAUAAAAGUGAAAAAUCACUCCAGUGGCCUCUCCUUGGUACACAGUAGGGAUUUUAAGCAACUGCUGCAAGGGAUCACUGGGGAAUCUCCACUGAGACUGGCGGAAAUGAAUGUUAAAGAAUUUGCUGGCUUCCACAUAGGACUCUUAAACAAGGAUUUGAAGCCACAGGCAUUCAGAAAUGCAUAUGAUAUUCCUCGACACAGUCUUCUAGACCAGCUAACUAGAAUGAGGGCCAAUCUGCUGAAAACACACAGGCUUAUCGUGGGGCAGGAUGAAGACUGCCUUCAUAGUGUUCCUGUUGCUCAAAUGGGGAAUUACCAGGAAUACCUGAAAAUGAUGCCUUCACCCCUCCGGGAGAUCGACCCAGACCAACCAAAAAGACUUCAUACAUUUGGCAAUCCAUUUAAACAGGAUAAGAAGGGUAUGAUGAUAGAUGAAGCAGAUGAGUUUGUUGCUGGGCCUCAGAAUAAGAUCAAGCGUCCUGGGGAGCCCAACACUCCAGCAUCCCUGAAGAGAAGGCGCAGCAUGUCCCCCCUGCUGAGACGGCCACAGUCACCCCCUGUUGUCACCAAUCACGUUGGUGGGAAAGGGCCACCAACUGCUGCUGGCUCCCCAUCGUACCUGAACCUCAAAGGUGUCCCAGCAAAUAAAGAUACUAAUAACAGUAUUGUCCAAGAUGGCAACGGAGAGAAGAAAGCAGAAAAUUGUCAGUCCCUGGAAAAGCAAAUUGAUGGCUUACCUGUGCAAAUGGCUCCCUCGCUGCCAGCUGCCCUGGGGGAGGAUGAAAUGCUACCCAAUGACUUAGACUCUCUACCUGUGGAAUUCAACUGUUUAAGUGAAGAUGGGUUGGAUCAUAAACCUGGUGCCAACGCUCUUGGUCGAGGGCCUGUGAACUACAGUGUGGCUGGAGAUGACCAAAAACGGGUGACAGAGUCUGCUUCUGAGUCUGUGCCAAACUCCUUUAAAAUCACCCCCAUGAUGCUGGAGGGAAACAAUGCUGAUAUUAAGAUUAAAGUGAUGAGAGAGGUUCGCAAGCCUGGAAGAAAUUAUGAAAAAAUCUUCUCUCUUCUUGAGGAGGUGCAAGGACCUGUGGAGAUUCAGAAGUAUUUCAUUGAAUUUGCUAUCAAGGAAGCAGCAAGGUUUAAAAAACGAGUCUUAAUACAACACUUAGAGAGAAUACUAGAGGAACUAGAGUUCAACAGUCUACCCAGCAGAGUUAAUCACGUCAACAGUAGAUAAUAAUGUACCAGCCAGACCAAUAUGGACCAGGAAUGAGUUUGCUGUGCCACAGAAGAGUGGAAGAGGAUGGAGCUGCCACCCUCACCAUCUCGGCAGUCAAGUGAUUUUACUGUCACAGUCUGAGAAGAAGCAGUGGAGCUUUAACUUUAAGAGCCUCUAUCGGCAGAAGCUGGGCUAUAACCUUAAGGAUUUGCUAUGAAAGGUGUGGCUUUUUUCCUGUGGAGGGUGCUAUUUGCUCAACAGGCUGAAGAAAAUAAGCAUUGCUGCCCCUCCUGCAGGUGAUGAGAAUUUACUCAUUUGAACGCUGUCGUUAGACGUUUUACAUGCUGUAGGCAGCAGGUUGCACUAAAAUGGGGCACUGUCAAAUGCACACACUGUCUGCAUCGUGGAGAGAGAGCCCAAAAAAAAAUAAAAAAAAAACCUCCCAGAAACACCUGCACUGGUAAAAUUGCAUGUUGCCACCACAGAGACAAGGGUCUUGUUCCCGAGAACUACUAGCCAUGCCUUUAAACUUGAAAUGCAGUGUAGAGAGAGUAAAGAAACUGCUAUUGUGUUAAUGAAAGCUAAAGACAGCCCUGUGACUGUUACCACCUGAUGGUCACUAAACAAUCUACCUCAGACUCUCUUCUGUUUUGUCUGCAGACAUUAUGAAAGUGCACCUGAGGCUUCCCAGGUCCCCGACUUCAGUUCUCUUUCAUCCUGUGAGGAGGACGGAGACUCUUCAGGUGGCCUUGGCACACGCUGUGCUUUGGAAGCACUAAAAGGAAACGCUUUUAAAAACGUGUAUUUUAAUGUUCAUACAAAAAGAGAUUAUUUUGAACAGUAUUGUUACCAGAUCACUAAUUUGAUAUUUUAACUGUAUAAAUUUUUUUGGAACAUAUGUAUAUAUAAAAUAAACCAUUUUAUUAAUUUUUAAGAA